UAUCGUUAUAUGAGAGCCAGAUUACCUAGGUACCUUAGGGCCAAGGCUUGGGAAGGGACUGAAAUGAUAUCAUCCCACAUUUAGUUGAUGUUUACUCCUCAUUGCCUUGCAUUCCAUUCUAACUGGUAACGAGAUAGUAGGCUUCGGUGAUUCCCAAGUCAGGUCAACUUCGUUUUUGCCCAUUUGAUUUUAGGUACCUGUUUUCUUCGUCCUGGGACAUCCAGUUAAGUGAUAUAUUAAUGAUGGCACCCCGCACUAAGGAAGAACUCCUCUCUUACGGAGUCAUGGACCCGGCCAUGGUAGACGCACUGGUCCGUAGUCCGGUCCGGGACCCACUACCGUCCGAUCCGUAUUACGGGGAUGCGUCCCAUUCGGCGCAGCGCGCACACCGGGCCGCCACCUUGCGCGAAAAGCACCAUCUCCGCCAUAUCCCCGGUCCGAUUCCGGAGCAGGUUAGCGAGGAGGAUCGCAAGAUCCCCGUGAGAGAUGGAAGCGAGAUCAUAGUCCGCAUAUACCGCCCUGUGGUGAAACCAACGCAGGGAAGUCCCUUAGUCGUGAUGUACCACGAAGGCGGGUGGAGCAUGGGGGAUUUGAGUGAUGAAGAUACCAACUGCCGGCUUUUCAGUCGCGAUUUGGGAGCCAUCUGUGUUAACGUCGACUAUCGCUUAGGACCAGAACAUCCUUUCCCUACUUGGAUUGACGAUAGCUGGGAUGCAUUGAAAUGGGCUGCCCAAAACGCAACGUCUCUCGGCGCAGACCCUUCUCUUGGCUUCAUCAUCGGCGGUGGUUCAGCUGGCGGUAAUAUCGCAGCCGUUCUCGCGCACAUCGCACGAGACGAGAAGCUUAAUCCGCCUUUAACAGGACAGUACCUCUGCGUGCCAGUUAUAAUGUGUUUCACCCCGCCAACAUUGCUCUCGCCGCUAUAUCGAUCAGAGUAUCUCUCGCAUCCGGACGUCACGUCUAACAUAGACCCAGUACUCAAGAUCAAGACCGGUGCCGAAUUCGCGGAGCGCAUGACCCAAAUCCUCAAGGCACCUUGGUCCGAUCCGCGCAUGGUUCCCUUCUUAUACGGAGGACUUGAGGGUGGACACCGCGGGCUGCCGCCGGCGUAUUUCCAAGUCUGCGGGCUAGACCCCUUAAGAGACGAGGCUUUGAUUUAUGAAAGAAUUUUUAGAGAGGAGGUAGGUGUUAAGACACGGCUAGACUUGUACAAGGGCUUCGGCCAUUAUUUCUGGACCAACUGGCCGCAGUUGGAGAGGAGCCGCGAAUUCGUGGAAGAUACUGUUAAGGGCGUAAAGUGGUUACUCGAGCAGAAGCAAUAAAGUUGUGGGCUGAAAUAUCCCGAGCUGGUUUACUACAUUGGGUACAUAGAAGUAGGCGCAUGAAGCGCAGUAUCUACGGUUCUCCUUGAACGCAUUGGAUAUCCCAACGUAUUCCGAUCUCCGCUUUCCGGCGAUCAUUUGCGCCCUUGUCAUCAUGCGCAUCCGGAAAAUUGGUGAACGUAACCUCACAUCUACCUACUCAAUAAGGCAAUUAGCUAUCUCAGAUCGAGAGCUAGCGUGAUAAUUUGCUACUCCUAAAGGCAUUGCAGAGA